AUGGACGUCAACAUGCUGGCUCCGCGCCAUAUCCAGAAUAUGAGCACAGCAUCGUCCAUAGAACACCAUUGGGGGUAUGCUGACCGCGCGGUUCCCUGCACUAACGUACCAGACGACUGUACCUAUCUCGACCUCGUCUACCACGCCCACGACCUCUCCAUGCUCUACAGCGGUAUCAUGUGGUCCGUCAUUGGCGGUAUCCUGGUGAUCUGGGGUGUCGGACGACACUUUGCGCGUUCGCAACCCUCGGGUGUACAGCUCCCGGCCGAAGUGGGUGAAGGAGUACCACAAAAACGCAGCGCUCUCGAACGAUUCCAAAAAGCAAUUGCAUCAUACUCGCGACAAUACCUCCUCCCAGAUGCCGCCAGGCCGAUAUUUGGCCGAGUCACUCGCACUCAGGUCUUGACCCUUACUGUCCUGACCGGUUACCUCAUCGUCUUCUCUUUCGUCGGCAUGAUCUACAACCACUGGAACACUCCUGCGAAAAAGUUUCCCGGCGUUACCAAUCCUCCUGGUCUUACCCAAACUCGUAGUACUCUCGGCCCCUGGUCUGAUCGCAUUGGCGUUUUGGCGUAUGCUCUCACGCCUUUGUCGGUUAUGCUCGCGAGCCGCGAAUCUAUUUUGUCGCUUGUCACCGGCCUGCCAUACCAAAGCUUCAACUUCCUCCAUCGCUGGCUCGGAUACAUUAUCUUCCUCCAGUCAUCCCUUCACACCAUCGCCUGGUGCAUUGUCGAGAUUCGUCUUUACCAGCCGCAGCCAUAUGUUGCCAAGACCUGGAUUGUGCAGGAAUACAUGAUUUGGGGUUUGGUUGCGAUGAUCAUCUUGACACUGCUAGUCCUGCUCUCCACACCCUGGGGAAUCAAACUCACUGGCUACGAAUUCUUCCGCAAGGCCCACUAUGUUCUGGCUAUGAUUUACAUCGGAGCAUGCUGGGGCCACUGGCAGCAGCUUAAGGUCUUCCUUUUGCCUGGAUUGAUUGUCUGGUUCAUCGAUCGUGGUAUCAGACUUGUCAGGUCGGCUCUGUUACACUACAAUUUCCUACCUUCCGGUCACAUGGGUUUCCGCUCAGCUUCCUCGACUGUAUCUCUCUUCAAGGACGAGGUCAAUGGCGAUAUUGUGCGCUUGGACUUUGACCACCCUCAAGAUGCUUGGUCUGUCGGUCAGCACUUCUACCUUACCUUCCCUGAUAGCAGCAUCUGGCAAAGUCAUCCAUUCACCCCAGUCAGUCUCCCGGUCUUUGGUGCCGAUAGUCAGAGGCACUCGUACAUUUUCCGCGCAAGGAAGGGUGAAACCAAGAAGAUUGCCCAGCUAGCCAUGAAGCGCAUCGCUCACGUCAAAGACCACGAGGAGUCACACGAAGGACUGAUGGCCGAUGCCCGCAUUUCGGUCGUCAUGACUGGCCCAUAUGGCGAGCGUACGAUGAGCAGCCUCGCCCCCAACUCCAACAUUCUCUGCAUCGCUGGUGGAACUGGCAUCGCAUACGUUAUCCCGGUUCUUCUCGAUCUCGCCUCCCAACAGCAACACCCCGAUCGUCACAUGUCCCUUGUAUGGGCCAUCCGCCGCAGAAGCGAUAUCGACUGGGUCGCACCCGAACUCGCCAUCUUGAAGCGCAAGUGUCGCAACCUGCGCACCAGCAUCCACAUCUAUGUUACGCGUGCCUCCGAGGAAGUAGACAUCCCACCACCCGCCACAUCAGAAAAGGUCGGCGAAACCGACUGCAGUAAGGAAAUCAACCCCGCCUCGAGCUCAGAUGGUUCUACCCAGGAUGCUUCUUCCGCUCUUUCUGUCCACGGUGUGUCGAAAUCGGAUCUCGGCCUGAACCACGUCCAGGCACGACCCAACCUUGACGCAAUCGUGCGCGAAUUCGUCGCUGGAACAGUACGAGGAGGAACUGAUGUCUUUGCUUCUGGUCCAGGAGGUAUGAUCAGUGACCUCAGGCGCAUCAUCGCUAGCACCAACAAAGGUGGCGAUGUGUGGAAGGGAGAUGACAGAUAUGAUGUACGGCUGACAUGCGAUGACCGGUUGGAAUGGUAA